UACGGAUCGACUCAACAAAAUACAGCUGCGUACAGUCUGAUGUCCAAUUAAUUUCUACUUCUGUAGUAAACAAACCAUGAACUUAUUCUUUCAUUCUACGUUCGCAUGAAUUUGUGUUGACUUUUGCUGUAAAACAGCUUUCAUAAGUUAUCAUGUAAUGAGUGCAAAAACUCGUGUUUUGAAGUGCUGCUGUUUGUUGUUUGACUGAACUGAGUUUUCUGAGUUUUGAGAAAGUUCAACGCUAUUAAAUCGAGAGUUAUGAUUGGCUUAUGAUGACUUUAGAGAGAAGACGUGACUUGAUCACGGUACUAAAACCAUAUUUUUUACCUAAAAGACUCCAUUCUACUAGAAGUUAUUUUAUAAAAGCAAUAGACCACACUUUCUAUGGGUUUACCGGCGUGAUAACCCACUUGGGAUGUUGUGAGAACACUCGAAAAGCUUGUAAAUCACUCGCCUUCGGCUCGUGAUUUAAGAGCUUUUCUCGUGUUCUCCCAACAUCCCGCGUGGGUUAUCAAGCCGGUAAACCCAUAGAAAGUGUGGUCUAUUGCUUAAAUAAUAUUUGAAGAGGUUGUUGCUGAGUGAAGAAUUAACUUCAUACAAUGUAUAUGAAGUAAAGUUUCUUUUUACUGUUGAAUCAAUAAAAAAGGCAGUAAAAUAUUGACAUAUUUAACAAUUAUUCUUUGAAAUCGAGGUGAAUAGUGGCAAUUAAUUUACCGAGCCACGAAGUGGCGAGGCAAAUAUUCCUAAAGCCACUAUUCACCGAGAUUGAAAAGAAUAAUUGUUUUAGUAUAUACACACGAAGUGAUCUCAACAAAAUCAGAGAGGAAACCAUUAAAAAGUACGAUUUGAUUGACAGAUCAGGUCAGCUAGACACGCGACAGUUUAAAAAUAGAUCUUUGUAGAAUUUUCAAACAUGGCAAUUCACAAGCUUAUCACUUCGCAAAUAACAGCGUAAUGACUUAAAUGGAACCGCUAAAAGUUUGAAUUGUUUCCUUACCUGAAAAGAAAAGAAGAGCUUUGUUGUUUUCUGUUGACUCGCCAAGUUAAUAGCCAAAAAGGUUUGUUGCGUCGUUCUUCGCAUGAAGUGCUGACAAAAAUGGCGAUUCGGUUCCUCGAGGUAAGACGUCGUCUUCAUGUAGCAUUCUUUCUCGUGUUUACUUGAAACGUAGAAUUUCUGCAAACAUCUGCUUUCAAAUUUGUUUGUCAUAAAUAAACUUUGUUGUUAAGUAAAAAUUUUUCUUCUUAGGAAACGCUGAGUUCACAAAACGGCCCCUUCUAGGCGAAUGAAUGGGAGUUGUAAACAAUCCAUCGACCACAAAACUCAACAACAGUAAGUUGAAAAACGCCGUUUUGAACCCUUCGAAGUCUUUUCUUGGCUCAAAAAAAGUCAACCCUAGGAUUUUGUUGACUUUUAAAGAUCUUUGUCUAAGAAAAUGGGAAAAAAAACGAACUCAAACAUUAUCCACUCGCUAGGAGGUGAAUAUUGUUGCAUAGUCCGAGAUAGCAAACCAAUCAGAUUGCUUAAAUCACCAAGGUCACUGAGUGUGUAUGUACUAAACUCAUUAAGUAUAUACUAAAACAGUGGAUAGUGUUUUUCGCGCGCUCUGAUUGGCUACUCAAUCAGUGAAUAUCCUGCACUAUUCACUGAUUCACCUCCAGUUACUCCGAGCGAGCGACGCCAAACUCGCGUAGGUUGCGAGCAAAAUGCUUUCCCGGUUUGCUGCCGUAACAAACUAAGAAAUUUCACAACUAAUCAAGCAAGCUAUUUCCAAAAUACAUGAAGAAGGUGACGAAGUUCGGUUUGGAAGUUUUAACAGGUAAAGCUUUGUCUUUUUGACUUGAAUAGUUAUCGAUAAAACAGGUGAAAAAGUUUUUUGUUUACAAAUGCAAAUUAAGCUUAAGUCUUGCGUUACUUUAUUUAGUUGACUUGUUCAUAGAUAAGCUUAAAACUAAAUUUAAUAAUCUUUUUCACAGAAUUAUUUUAAAUACAAACAGAAUUCACAACUCCUUUUGAAGAAACUUUCCGCAAGAGCUAAACAAACGCCUUCAAAAGUUUUAUUUGUAGCUAAGAAAAAGCGACGACCGCGGCCUUUCGGUCAUCGCGCGCCAAAAUUUUAAUCGUUGGCAACAGUAAAUGAGUUAAAAAUCAUCAUUUUGUGCUCAAUUAUCUCACUGUUUUAGUAUAUACUAAAACAAUUAUUCACCUCAGUGUCGGUGGCUAGUAGUGGUUUUACCUCGCCGCUUCGCGGCCUCGGUAAUUAUCCAAUACUAACCACCCCCACUUCGGUGAAUAAUUGUUAUUUAUUUACUUUUUUCAGAGAAGAUGAACUUGAUCCUGAAUCAAACAAAGUGUAGCUAACUUAGCAAAGUGUUCUGAUGAUACAUGUGUAAGAAAGUAUGAAUUUCAAGUACCUGUGUGAGAGUGAAAUAAAAUCAAUAAAAAUCUUAAAAAUCGUAUUCAUGGAAAGAUAUGGGCUUUUUACUUCUUUGUAGCGGUUCAGCAUGUACACUAAUUACUUGAGCAACCAAAACAAAGUCAUGAAUAUUCCAACCAACAUGUUCUCUGCUUCUCCAUAUGGGGUGACGGGUUAUCUUAACUUAUUUGCCCUCAAGUAAAGUAAGUAAGUAGCUUUAUUAAAGUGUAAGUCGUUCUAGCUUGACACACUAAAGAAUAAAAAGGAAAGAAAACUAACUGUAAAACUAUGGACCGGUCGGAUUAUUGAGUAAUAAGCCAAUGCAAUACUUUCAAGCGUUCAAUAGUGUAAUAUGCAUUCAUGAUCAAGUGCGCCCAGCUUGGGAAUGUUCAAGACUUGCCAGUCUGUUUUGCUAGGACAGCAUUUUCCUCCGUUGUUCGGUAAUAAAAUUGCUAAAUACGAAGAGAAUGACCUCAAGGCAUGUAGUGUUUUUAUGCAGAAUUAAGCCGUUAAAAAACGGAAACAUAUUAUAGCCCGAAAAGUGAGUGCGUUCAAAGUCGCAUCCGGUAAACCAAAACGCAAACAUUGCAGUAAACGAAUCUCACACGAACAGGAGGAAAAGGAGAAUACUCAAAAGUGCAGGCUAUUUAAACAAAUGCCGCCUAAGAGGGCUCCAGUUUUUCUUCUUUCUCCUGGAAUAAACACACGAGGGACGUCUUAACGCCAUGUUGAAUUUACUCUAUGUCACGUGGACUGGUUUCGACCAAUCAGACAUUUUUUGCCAGUGAAGCGUGGAUCCUAGCGAGCUACAAACUUGCAGCGCUCAUCUUUACUUUAUACAUCCGAUGGUGUCCGUUAUGGCGUCAUACAGUAGUUUGAGGUCACGGCGCAUUUUUUGUUUCUAGGCAACAUUCGACUGCAACCAAAGUAUUCAUGAAGGGCUUGUUCAUCUUCUUCGAAACAGUGUUUGCCAUCGGUGAAUCUCAAACGAUUUCUCAUGCAAAUUAAACAGAACAGCAAACACAAGAACGCCGAAUUCAACAACCGGCCAAUUCUCGCAGGGGAAGAUUUGACACAGAAAAAUCCUCUGGAGCGAGAACGCCGACUUAAAAUUCAUCGCGAGCAACGAAGAAAGAGACGGCAGCAACAAACAAUUAGCCGUAAGAUAUGAGCGAAAAUCGCCGUGACAAAACACGUUUUGCUCCCAUACGAGUUUAUACCGUAUCGGUUUAUGCACCAGUCAACUCCAGCUGCGCCAAGCUUCCCCCCCGGGGGGGCUACUGCGGGGCAUUUGCAAAUCUUGCGCUGCCAGGGGGCCGGGCAUUUGCCAACCCCGAGCUUUUGACACGCACGCGGUUCCCUAUUAGAAUAUAACUACACAGAGGAUUUUACCGGAAAACAAGCAGAUUGGUUCGUUUGUCAAGGACGGGAAACAUUGAAGAGGUUUGUAAAGGUGUGUUCUCGAUUUUAUGCAUGCAUUUCUUCACUGCUUAUCAAGCCAGAAUUGUAUAGCGAAACUCGGAAGCUAUCAACGUGAAUCAACGUUUUUUUGGUAAUUGAAUCAAGUUUCUCUUGAUAUUAUUUGAAGAACAUCCUUUCAUAUUUAAUAUAUAGAUUUAGCCAGGGCUAAAAGCGAAGCCCCAAUUGAUAAAUUUGUAAUUAAAAUCAAAUAAUAAACUUGUAAUCCACAUAUCAGUUAACGUAAGGGCACAUUCAUGUGACUUUUGAGGGAAAGUUUAAGUUAUUUUAGAGUGAAGCAUCUUACAUCGAGUUGAUAGCCUUACAUGUACACCCAAAAAAUAGCAAACAUCUUCGAUCACAUUCAAGAUCACAGUAGAUUAGGCCUCGAAAACAAAUUUGGAAAACAAACCAGGCAGGUGUUCGACAGGCCUAGGUGUACUUUAGAAAUUCUUGCCAACAAAUAUGGGGGUGUGCAAACCAACGUUUUAUACUUUUAAUACAUCACAUCUGAAACGGUACUAUUUAUGUGAAAGGUUUGAACCCAGGAGUCAUUUCAAAAGGUUGAGUUUGAUCGUCCGGGUGAACGUAGUCCUGAAUAGGACUGUUGUUGUUGACAGUGACUGACGUUUCGACAACCUGUGUGGUAGUCAUCUUCAGAGUCAAAGUGAGUUGUAUCACGUCAGUUGAUGGCAUUAUACUCUGGUUAUUGAUAUGAUUGGUCAAUUAUGUCGCGAUCUUAUUGGUCGUCUGUCAGUUACGCCGUGAUGUUAUUGGCUAUGAAGACUCGUAAUCAGUGAUUGGUGCGUUUCGAUCCGUCUAUUGUCGCAGUUAAACAGUCGUCUAUUUUUAGUCAAAUUGUUAGUUCUCCAGUUGUUCUCUCGUAGUUAGUUUUGCUUGAUCUCGUCAAUAAGUCGUCUGUACGGCGCUGGUAACUAUUGACUACGAUUCAGUGGCGUUUGUUCUAAGUUAGUAAACCAGCUUUCUAAAGUAAGACGUUGAUAGUAGUCUGUAGAAUACGUUAUACAUGUCGCAGAGUCCCAGUCAAUUUGAUGUUUCGUCUUUAAAUGGUGCUCAGCAAUGUGAUUGUUGACGUCACCAUUCCUCGUCGCGCGUUUGUGUUCGGUCAGUCGCGUGCUUAGGUUUCUGCCGGUUUCACCAAUGUAAGAAGCCUGGCAGUCGCAGCAUUAAUUUUGAUCUUGUAUACUGCUCCCUGUCUGUCCUCCGGUUUGUCUUUGUCCUUGACAUUAGUAAGCAGUCGCCGUAAAGUGGUUAUCGGUUUGUGCGCAACACGUAUAUUGUAAGGUUGUAAUAUACGUGCAAUAGUUUCAGAGGUGCCUCUGAUGUACGGUAUAGUCGCUGUCGUAACAGGGCCAGAGUUGGUCUGAGAGUUGGAAUCAGUGUUACUGUGAGUGUUCCGUCUAACAAAGUCCGUGUUGUAAUUGUUCUUACUAAAAACGUUGUUAAGAUAAUUAGUCUCGUCUUGUAGGCUGUCAGGUGAGUCGCAAACUAGUUGCGCUCGUCUCGUCAGAGUCCGGAUAGUAGUAGCCUUGUGAGAGGUCGGGUUGUACGAAGACUGGUCUGGUAAUCGGUCGGUAUGUGUCGGCUUUCUGUAAAUAGUCGUUUUUAGUUUGUUGUUGUCGCGAGUGACCAAGCAGUCUAGAAAAGAGGUAUCUUACCAUUUUCUUCCAUCUCCUUGGUGAACUGUAUGUCCGCGUUCUGUCGACUGACGAAUCUAGACACAAACUACAGUCUACUGAGAACUUCAUUGACGCCAUUAAGACAAUACAGAUACCGGACGACCACAAACUAGUGUCCUUUGACGUGAAAUCGCUGUUCACCAGUAUUCCACUUCAACUGGCUCUAGACUGUACUGAGAACGCUAUUAAGAACUCCACUGUUGAACUACCACUACCUACAGACGACAUUAUGGACCUUCUCAACCUCUGUUUGACUUCGACGUACUUUCAGUACAACGGCAAACACUACAAACAGUUACACGGUACAGCUAUGGGCUCUCCAGUUUCUGUUGUUGUAGCAGAAAUUGUCAUGCAAAACAUCGAGGAACAAGCCCUAGUUACCUACACGCGAACUGUACCUCUUUGGUUACGUUACGUUGACGACACAUUCACCGCCGUACACAAAGACGGAAUCGACGAUUUUCUCGAACACCUUAACAGACAGAACGCGGACAUACAGUUCACCAAGGAGAUCGAAGAAAAUGGUAAGAUACCUUUUCUAGACUGCUUGGUCACUCGCGACAACAACAAACUAAAAACGACUAUUUACAGAAAACCGACACAUACCGACCGAUUACUAGACCAGUCUUCGUACAACCCGACCUCUCACAAGGCUACUACUAUCCGGACUCUGACGAGACGAGCGCAACUAGUUUGCGACUCACCUGACAGCCUACAAGACGAGACUGAUUAUCUUAACAACGUUUUUAGUAAGAACAAUUACAACACGGACUUUGUUAGACGGAAAACUCACAGUAACACUGAUUCCAACUCUCAGACCAACUCUGGCCCUGUUACGACAGCGACCAUACCGUACAUCAGAGGCACCUCUGAAACUAUUGCACGUAUAUUACAACCUUACAAUAUACGUGUUGCGCACAAACCGAUAACCACUUUACGGCGACUGCUUACUAAUGUCAAGGACAAAGACAAACCGGAGGACAGACAGGGAGCAGUAUACAAGAUCAAAAUUAAUGCUGCGACUGCCAGGCUUCUUACAUUGGUGAAACCGGCAGAAACCUAAGCACGCGACUGACCGAACACAAACGCGCGACGAGGAAUGGUGACGUCAACAAUCACAUUGCUGAGCACCAUUUAAAGACGAAACAUCAAAUUGACUGGGACUCUGCGACAUGUAUAACGUAUUCUACAGACUACUAUCAACGUCUUACUUUAGAAAGCUGGUUUACUAAUUAGAACAAACGCCACUGAAUCGUAGUCAACAGUUACCAGCGCCGUACAAACGACGUAUUGACGAGAUCAAGCAAAACUAUCUACGAGAGAACAACUGGAGAACUAACAAUUUGACUAAAAAUAGACGACUGUUUAACUGCGAAAAAUUUUAUUUGGGUUUCCAACACAGCGAUACCCUAGGUACCAGAGGAUUUUUCUCGCGUGCGACGAGGAGCUUUGUCGACCGUAGGCUGACACGUACGGCCGACACGUCGAAGGCGCGAGGAAACACCUCAGAGCGCCUUGAUUUGGCGUGUUAGAUGGACCUUGGCUUUUUCUCUAAUCUGUCAGUCAAACCGGCGGUCGCAGGACUAUUAACUGGCUAAUUCAAAACUAAUUAUCAAAAGAGGAACGACGUGCUCAAGCCUAAAGAAGAGUCAAGUUAUUUUUUAAAAAACAUAAUGCUUUAAGAGCAUUCUUGACUGAGUCACAAUGCAAAUCUCCAUAAUUCAAUUAGCUCCAGUUUAGGCUGCAAUCCAGUCGUUGAAAUUGGAUCUGUAAAUCACUAUCAGUGUGUGACGGGCGUCGAUGAAACCGGAACAUGGAACAUUCCAGAACAUGCCGGAACAUCCCGGAACAUGAAAAAACAAAAAUAAUUUUCAUGAAAAAAAAAAUUAAUGAUAAUAAUAAAAUAAUUUUUAUAAAAAUUAAUAAUAACAUAAAAUAACAAAAACCGAAAGAGAAAGAAAUGAAGAAAAAAGAAACUCGUAUCAUCUCCGGGUAUGAGAAAACAAUAUUUUGUCGCAAAUAAUUUGUGGGGCGAGGGUCCGUGGAAAUGACAGUAAUAAGUGAAGGUUUGCUUCUAAAUUUAAAAUAUGUUAAAAUGGGUCGCGAGGAGGGGGGGUUUCAAGCUUUUCUCACACAGCCACCCCUGGUAAAUGUUUGCCAUGCGGUUUAACGGUUAUUCAUCUACGGCUUUGCGACCGUAAGAAGAGCUUAGGGGCUCGUCGCUUUGGACGUUAGUAGAUAAGAUUCACAUUUGCCGUGAAUCAGUUGCAGUGGCAGUGGUAGGGUAGCGGUAGUCUCUAACUGUUAUCAGUUAGCCUGAAUUGUAUCCGUCUCCCGAGUCGCAAGUGAAGUUUGCGACUCGAGGAGAUGGCUGAAAUUCAAGCUAGAUCACAGCCCCCUAUUUUCCUCCGCCAAGUUGAAGAUUGCGAUCGCCGCUGUCAAAGUGAUUUGGGUAUCCUCUGACGACUAAAAUGGUGACAGUGAAGUGGGUGCUAAUUCGAAUGGUUUGCUAACGUGUGUGUGUGUGUGUGGAGCUACAACUUUUAUGGGAGGGGCUGUUGAGAUUCCCGUGAUCAUGCAUGCAGAUCCACACAGACUUUCAGACCCCAGACACGACACUGACACGACGGAACCAAGUGCUCCGAGAUGAUGAUAUAUUUAGCAAGGUGGAACAAAAAAACAAACAAACAAAGACGGACGGUUCCUUUCCUUUCUAUUCACCUUUGGCCCGGACACGUGACAAACGAAUACUGUGAUUCAGUGAAUUUAACUGAAAAAUAGUGUUUUCAGAAAUAACAAGUCGCAUAAACCUUUAAGUGUCUUCGAUAAAUUAGGCACGUGCAUACCGUGCACACCGGUAACUACGCCCUGCGUUUCCUCGCUGAGUUCGAAAACUUGUGCUCUGAAGUAUAAAAAAACUUGACUCUUAAAAAAAAAGGACAUUUCUAAAACUCCGACACCCUUCGCAACAAUCGAGACACAAAAAAAUUCACGCGAAAAGGAGACUUUCAGACUCAUCAAAAAAGCUGCCGAGAAGUCGAGACUCAGGCCAAAGUAUUAUGAAUAUAAUAAAACAAUUAUUGAAUUCGGCUUUCGUAGGAUAAGAAUCUUGCAGAUCUCGGAGGAGGUUAUGCACCCAGCUAGGCAUCCUGCUCGAUCUGCAUAAUUCUUCACAUCCUACGAAAGCUGAGUUCAAUAUGUGCAAGAGAGAACGAGGCAAUUUGCUAAUGGUAAUAACAAUUGCUUCUGUUGCGCUUGUUGGAAUUCAGCUCAAAUCACAUCUAAGUAAGUGGGGGAACAGCGUUUCAGCACACAGAGUGGAAAAAAAAUGCAACGUCACAGGGGAUGCCCAAAUUAAAUCACAGCGGCGAUCGCCAUCCUCAACCAGGCGGGAAAAAAGAGGGGACUGUAAACUAGCUUGAAUUUCAGCCGUCUCCACGAGUCGCAAACUCCUCCUUGCGACUCGAGGAGACGUCUGAAAUAUCAGGCUGAUUUAGACUGUUCACAGUCCUCUAUUUUUCCGUAAGAUCAUCGAGAUCGAGAGCUUUGCGUUACGGGCUACCCAUCUUGCAGGAGUGUCAAAACUACCUAGAGGGCGGGGGCGGUUUGGGAGGAAGCGAAACUCUAUUUUUCUCGCCCUCCCCCCCCUCCGAGCUAUAAUCCCCGACGCCCGCCCCCUCGGUAGAAUUGAAAAUCAAGAUAGCCGUGACGGUAAGACGCGGUAUAUCUAAACGAUCUCACGGAAAAAUAGAGGACUGUGAACAGUCUAAGGCUGAUUGUAAACAGUAUAGAAACUACUACGAAUGUGAGUAUUGUCAACUAAAAUCGAAAGACAGGAGCCCCUUAGCUAUUCUUAAGUUCACAGAGCCUAGUCUGUAAGUAACUCAUGUCAACCUCAAGAAAGCAAAGCACCAAGUAAGCACAUGUCGGUUAUAUAUAACUAUUUGUUCGCUUGACAUGAGUUACUUAAUUACCGACUUGGCUUGACAUGACAUACUGCACCGACAUUUCAGACCAUCGCAGAACCGUAAAUGGUUAACCGCCAAAUGAUUAACUCAUGGCAAACAAUUACAAGAGCUGGCUGUGUGAGAAAAGCUUGAAACCCCCUCCUCGCGACGCAUUUUAAUAUAUUUUGAAUUCAGAAGCAAGCCUUCACUCAUUACUGUCAUUUGCAUGGACCCUCACUCGCCCAACAAAUUGUUUGCGACAAAAUAUUGUUUUGUCAUACUCGGAGAUGAGUUUCUUUUCCUUAAUCAUUUCUUUAUUUUUCGUUUUUUUUUGUUAUUUUAUGUUAUUUUUGUUAUUAUUAAUUUUUACAAAAACUAUGUUAUUAUUAUCAUUUUAUUUAAUUAUUAUUCUUUUUUUAUGAAAAUUACUUUUAUUUUUUCAUGUUCCGGGAUGUUCCGGGAUGUCCCGGAAUGUUCCAUGUCCCGGGUUUUAUCGACGCCCGUGACAUUUAACAUCCUGCAAAAACUACUCACGAGCUGGGCCCACUGAACGUGACAGAACAUUGCAGGAAACCUUCAAAUUCACGGACAAAAGAAAAUCGCUUUUAGUUAUUCAGGUCCAGGAGGCACUUUGGAGAAAAUUAAACAAUUUUAAUUUUAUUUAGCCGCAAUGAAGAACUUUACGUUUCAAAAGAGGUCAAAGUAAAUACUUUUGCAUCAGAGGGCAAAUCAUGCAGGCCAGAAACAAACCGUCGAAAAUCCUUGUGUAACGACCUCUCAGUAUGAAACAAGAAGCAAAAAAAAAUGCGCAUUUGCUCAGUAGAAUCGUAGAUCCCUCCACAGCAUAAUCUACCCGCUAGAGAAAAAAUUCAUUGCAACAAGCAGCAUUUUGGCACGAGGUAAAAGUCUUGUGUCGCCUACCGAUCCCGUUUUACACACUGCAUAUGCCAGGUAACUGAAACAGCGGUGAUUUUCCAAAGCCGGCCGGCAAGACCGCCAAUAUGUCUUUCCUUUGAAUAAAAUUUACAAUGCCCUCUAUUAGUCUUAUUACCUCCACACCAUAUAAUGGAACGUUCCAACGACUUCGGCUAUUGCCUUAUCUAAAUCUUCUGUUCGUGCAGUCAUGUGAUUUUUCCAAUUCUCUUCCAAAAAGUGAAAACUUACGUGAAUUCAAACCACCCGCAUCCCGAUCACGCACCUAUUGUGAUUGUAAUCCAAACAGAGCAUAUGAAACAUUCGACGUCUCCAAGGAAAGAGUCAGCAAAACAUCCAAAUUCUGGAUGUUUUGGAAUAAGCGGGAUUGUAAUUGGCUAGGUGCUAUCAAAGAGAUGGCGCUCUGGUCCAGAGGCUUCUCGCGCGGGUCACUUUUUAAGACCUGACCGAAACCAGAAACGAAAAGUCUCUGGCACCCAGGCACCCAGGGUGCUUUAAACGGGAAAUUUAAUUAUGCCUUACUAUUCCUCCGCAAUUACAUUUAUAAGUCUAAAUUAAGCGAGGAAACUCUACUCCUCCCGAAAUUUGUUAAUAGAUUCAAUCUACGAUACUGCAUAGAAUGCAGAUAAUAAAAAAUAAGAGAAAUACCUCUGCUGUGGUUUGUUUUUUCCAUGUCUACGAUAAGAAUAGGCUUAACAAUCAGCAUUAGAUAUCUAGUUUAAAUAAUACAACACUACUAAUUAUUUAAUGUAUUCAUCAAGUACCCUUUUUCUUUUCCAUUUAUAUAUGUAAAUAUUGUGUACUUUCCGUGUUAAUGAAGCAUUUAAAAAAAAAAAAAUGUCUGGAUUUGCGUGAAAUUGUCCGGGAAUGGUAGUUUUAAACACUUGAGUUUCGUUUGCUCAAGAAAAGCGCUGAAGGUAAAAUAGGCUUUUUUCACUUUGUACCAUUCAUCCUUUAACUCAGGAGUCCCUGCAGCAGCAGAGAUCACAGAUUUACCAAAAGAAACAAAGGAUGUUAUAAUCACCCUAAAGUGGAGAGAGGCUGAAAAAAAUGGAGCCCCUAUCACCCAGUACACUGUGUACCGAAGAACUGUCCAUGAAGAUGGCACAUCAUUGAGUUGGAUUAAAUUAAAGGAGAUUACAGAUACUUCAUAUCGUAAAGUUGUUGUUAUCUUGGAAAAAGGCAAAGAAUAUGAAUUUGUAGUUACUGCCAAAAACGAGUUUGGAGAAGGAGGGAAAGAAGAGGGCAAAAUUAAAAAAAUCAAGGUAUUAGGAGGUAAGUGUCGUGUUCUCUGGCCUGGGCAUCGUAACUUCCUUUACAUUCUAUGUAUAAUUUUAAGAAAACAUACUUAAAAUUUCGAACAACACGAGACCCAAAGCGCCAGAAAAGGAGACUCAGAUUUGCAAGAAGUUUGGUGUUUAUUGGGCCCACAUUCAAUGAGAUAAAGAAAAACAUUUCGUGAAACAUUUACUGAGAAAUAUGUAGACGUCUGGGUAGUGUGUCAGGCAAUACACACGUCUCUUAGUAAAUUCGAGUUUUUUAAUGAGCUCCAUUUUGUUCUAUAUAGCCCCGAUUGGCACAAAACUUGAGAAUUUUGAAGCUCGGUUUGCUCUUUUUGGUUAUUUGCAUGGGUUUCGUGUUGUUCUCGUACACAGCCACACUUAUAUAAUUUAAUAUCAGUAGGCAAUGUGGGGCAUUAGACUCCAUCCAAUAGCUAUUUAAUACUCAGUAUCCGUUUGGCUGAACUGUGAACAUGUGGGCUAGUUCUUUCUCUUAUAAUUCACUUUUACUUUGUCUCGCCCUGUGUAACCCUGUGUACACUCAAAACAAAGGGAAAAGCGUGCUCUUAACAAACGGAUUCCAUGUUGCCGUGCGCCUGUUCAGUAAUAGAUCACAGACGAUGUCAAAAUGUGGUAUAAGCGAAAAGUCGCUGAAGAUGUUUUUACCACAUUUUUAAGUCCUCUGUCUCUUAUGAACAGACCCUUGAAAUAUGUUCGGCUUAUACAAUGAGCAGAGAAAAAAAAAACAUCAACUUGCCUCGUACCGCUCGCACACUAAUCUAUGUCCUUAAUCUGAACAUAAUUCAUCUAGAAAAAUACAGUUGAUCAAUAUUCAUGAAUAUUUGCUCUGGAAAAUUGGAAUGAAGGACUAAAAAUGACUUUGAGACCGCAUUAAGUGUUUGUAUAUGCGCGUAGCCGCCUAUAAUUAUAAACGUAGCCAAAUGUGGGCAUACAUUUAAUUUUAUUCACAACUGGCCAAUCAUUAUCAAAGCCGAAAUUAUACCCUCUCAAAUUCCAGUUUUAUUUGCAAUAUCAGUUCCUGCUGAGAAAGUGGUACUCUAGUUAUUUAAGGAAGAACGAGAGAACUUUUUUAAGUAGUAAAUUUCCAUCCCUGUGAAAAAAUUGACAGCUUUGUGAUAUUUCCUUGUGCGAAAGGUGUCCCGUCAGCAGUGGCCUUCACAUACGAAUUAAAAGCGGAUGAAAUAACCUUAAAAUGGGAGGAACCAGACAAAAACGGAGCAGAAAUCACAAUGUAUACUGUGUACCAUGGAACCCAAAGUGAUGAGCAGUGGAAAGACACUAAAAAGAUAACUGAUAUCUCACUUCGUAAAUACGUUGUGAAAGUCGAAAUGGGCCAGAAGUAUAGAGUACUGGUAACAGCAAGCAACAAGUAUGGAGAGAGUUCUAAGGAAGGGAAGAUACAACGUGUUGACGUACCGGAAGGUGGGUUAAGCGCAAGUUUAACUGAAAGAGUGUAUCCCCAGGGAAAUACACAGUAGAUGACUAUAUACACAGUAGAUCGUUCAGUGAUGUUCACUAUAAACCUUUUUAGCUUGUAGGUUUUAUUUUCAUAUUUCAGACCAUGUGAUGUUUCCCCAGAGAAUUCUUUCUUUUAAAUGUUUAACGGUAAUCCUUACAGAUAUUAUGCCCGUUUUAGAGACGGAACAUCCGUCUCAGACGGAUAAUCCAUCUCUAGUGUGAAAACGGCUAAUAAAAACCAGUUCCUUACAGUAGCAAAAGCUACUGACCAAAAAAUCCACAGCUUUCAACUGAGCUUCGUAUCGCAGCCAUUGGCCGUAUUUACACUUAUAGAGACGGAUGAUUCGUCUGAGACGGGUUAUCCGUUGGACAAUUCGCGUCAGGGAAUACGUCUUAAUUUAAAAAUGGAACGGUCUUAAUUUUCGGAUGAAAAAACCGCCUGACUUUAUGCAUCUAUUUUUCCGUCAAUUUUGACGGAUUUUGAAGAUGGAUUAUCCGUCUCUAGUGUGAAAACGGCCAUUGUGUGCUAUUCAAUUUAAAUUAAGGUAGCAAAAAAUUGUAGAUAAAACGCUGUUCAUAAAAGUGAUUAGACAGUAACUCCAACUUUGCGAUAAUGCUUCCCUUAUUGAUCUAUUGAACCAUUCAUGAAAUGUGAAUCGUUUAUGCUUUAUAGGCCAGGCAGUUAGUACCAAGAUAGGAUUAAUACGAAAAUAAUCGUUAAAUAAGUAACUUAAAAGGAAAUAGUUGCCAGACUGGCCGACGGAGAAUGUCAAAAGGUGAAUUAUAAGUUAUUUGUGAGCGCUCAAAAAGCAACCCUCGCGGCACUUAAUCUUGCUCUCUGAGAAUUAGUUUUUGACUACCGUUACAAGAAGUUUCAGUUAAAAAUAACCAAACGAACAGGUUUGACUGUAAAUCGGUCCCAUGUAACACGUUAGAAUGAUAGUAUUCUUAAAUAUUUUUCUCAGGUUCCUUCAAACCAACUGGAGGCCAAACAGGUGAGUUGCUGUUACUCAAGGCGGAAAGAGAACCAUGGUUAAACUGCGCUUGUUCUCACCUGCACCAGUGCCAUAAUGUUUUUUCUUCUGUAAAAUCAGAAAUGCUUGAAGGGCAAUACAUGCAAUAUUAUAAAAUACAGACUCUUCAGAGCUAGGCCGUUGGAUACUGUAUCUUCUGUAUCCUCUCUUUCUACUUAUAGCAUUAGGAUAGUGCAUCUGUCUGUCGCCGCGCUAUUGCUUACAACUAACAGCAAACAUUUCGUUUUAGGUUCCCAGUGUGGUAAUCAAAAGGAAAUCGUUCAUGCUGUUUAUAUCACCAUCAUCUGUCUUUUGUUAAUAAGUAAUCUUAUUCUGAUAUUCGUCGUCUGCCGAAUGUGCACCCGUUCAGGUAAUUGGGUUUUUAUAUUAAACGUAUUUUUCUUGUUUCUAAUUCUUUACCGAAUUCGCCACGGUGACUCAACAUGCUGAACAUACAGUAGAUGAUACAGGACUAAAAGUCCCAAUUGGUAUCCGACCCCUUCAUGACCCAUUCAGCAGUUGGUAUAAGCUCAGUUUCUUUUGCAAGGCUUUAAGAUUUUUUCAAUUCUUAGAACAUCAUUUCGCUUUAAAACUGGAUUUUAGAGGCUUUUUCCAAUUUUCAGAUCCUGCCGCAAAGUGGGUGCGGCCAUAAUUUCGUAUGUUUCGUUAUCACUAUGGUUGUUACAAGAAAAAGACAACCUGGAUGUAGUAGAAGUGAAUGCGUCAAUAAAAAUCCCUGAAAGGUUUGGUAAAUGCUGCGAGGACUAAAGAUACUCACAUGCUGUAUUUUGUUACGAGCUCCAGAGAUAUAUCAAUAACUAGUUGUCAAAGUGUUUACAAACUGAACAAGUCUGAACAUAUUUUUGUUUCAGAAAAGGGACGUGAGAGAAGGUAAGUAAUUAUAGUUUUCUCGGAUUCAUCGCCCCUGCGAAAAUAUAGAGAGAUGAUGUAUGCAGUUUGUCAGCAAAAAACUUGUUUAGGAAGAAUUCAGCUAUACAAUAGUCACUGACGCUGCAGUUUGCAGUAAACCAGGUGACUUACCGUUGUUUUACCUUACCGUGGGAUGUAAGGUUGUACUUUAUGUUUCCAGAAAUGCUGGGAAUCCAAAAUAAAAGUUGAGUCUUACAUCAUAAACAAUCUCAGCAAAUAUUGUUUAUAAUAAGGGUCAUGUCAUAGGCAAUUAAAGGUUAUGUGACUUCAGGCAGAUCGAGAGAAGCUUAAUAACGUCUCGCUGGCACAAAUUAUAGACUAAACGUUUUUUGAGUACUAUUUACUUUCUUGUCAACAGAAAUUGUCCACGAUGCGGAGAUCUUCUCGCAAUGGCAAGUUAAUACGUUAUUGCUAAGGGUAUUUGUGCACAACGUAUGGAAUUUUGGGCGCGAUGAAAGCUAUGAACCAGUGGUGGUGGGUGGAUGGAGGGAAGGGGAGGAUAGAAAAACCCCUGUCGUUUUGCCUUGUCAAGCCCUAUAAGCUCACCCACGAUGUGCCUACGUCUAACCUUAGGUCAUGAAAUAGGCCAGAGCAAAGCAAAGUAUCGUUGCCUGGAGAAUAUAUUUCCGAGGUUCUCUUCUCUUUUUUCAGCAAAUGACGGAAAGCUUGAUUGGACGCUCCGUAUAAAACUUGAACUCAGAACGUUUCUUUACGAUAUUUGCCAUUAUGAUAUUUAAAACAAAGAGAUGCACAGCAUACUAAUUCAUUUGAUUCAGUCAAUCAUUUGUCAAUCACUUUAAUUGUAUGGUUUACUGGCCUCUUUAAAAAAGGCACUUUACAGUUGAGCGUUGUUGUUUUACUGAUGAAUCUUGUCUCACAAUGUUUGACAAUAGAAUCCCAUUGCUGUUAAAGUAGAGGCUGAUACACAAUUCUUCGAUGUGGAGCGAACAUUUGAAGCCCCGACCCAUGCAUCCACAGCAAGUGCAGAUUACAUGCCACUUCAUCCCUCAACGAGAAGCUGGGAGAUCAGUCGCAGACAGGUCAACAUAGUUAAAGUCAUUGGUAAAGGGGCUUUUUCACAAGUUGCCAAGGCGACAGUAAACGACAUGCGUGGAAGCCAGGAUAACUUGACAGUAGCAGUAAAAAUGCUUAAAGGUGUAGUGUAAUUUAGUGUACUAUAUCUAAUAAAUGGAGAUUUGGGUAAGGUUGAGUCCAAAGGUAUGUCAAUACACUGUACUUAAAAGACAUCUCGUUCAGUUGGAUGGUUUCGAUGCAAACGAAAGAAAAAAGACCUAGUGGACAGAGAACACCGAAAAAAGCUCACUGCAGCAAAACGAUUACCUUAAUAAAGUAAUGGUAAAAAAUUAAGAAAUUUUUUUUGGGUUCUUCUUUUUAGCAAAUGCUCCAGCUUCAGAUAAAAAGGACCUUCUGUCAGAACUUGACGUGAUGAAAAAACUAAAACCUCAUCCCCACGUGAUCAAGCUGCUGGGCUGCGUCACAGAAACCGGUAAGGGAUGUGUGAAAAGAGUAACGUUUCAGUUUCUUGAAAUUUGUGGCAAAAAGCUUUCCUGGGGAUGAUUAUACUGCCAAUGAUUCGAAUGAUAGAGCGUUUAAACUAAUAUGGCCAAAAGUUAUAGGAACACCAUAAUUAGAAUAAAAGCAAACGUUUACAUAACAGAAGUAUUCAAUUAUUCCCACGGAACAAGUUUGGCACACCGUGGCCGCCGUUCCAUUGUUUUGGAACACAGUGUGUUUUUCAUGAUGUAUGCCAUAUGGAACAAUUUAAUAGGCAGAACAUACUAGAAUGGAUAUAUCACUGAGUUGAACAAAGUCAAACAAAGAGAACUAAUUCCAUAAGUUGAAGUAGAUAACUUUAAUAGCUUACAUAUAAACUAAUAGAAAUGUCAGUAACUUGAUUUCCAAAUGAACAUAUGACUUGUUACAUUUUUUAAGUAUGUUUGAAAGAAAUAUUGCAAGGUCUCAAAGGAAAUGAAAUAAUGUUCUGGUUAAACCCAGUUUAAAUUAUGUGGACACUGAGGGGACCAUAGAAAGUGUCCGUAUUAACUGAGGGCUUUCUUUCCCCAGAGAUAGAGCAAACUGUCCGUAAUAAUAAAGUGUCCGCAUUUACGGGAUACCUGUAAAGCGGGGUUUCACUGCAAUUCAGUGCUUUUUAUUUUCGGCCUUCGCUUCUGUUCCCUAAAUUGCAUCAAAACUGCUUUGAUCAUACUUCCAGUUAGAUUUUGUAUUGUCGCAGUUCACAUAAUGUUCAUUGAAAGGUACUAACUUCAUUCUAUGUCCCUUCAUGCGAACAAAAUCAUGAAUAUUUGGGGCUCGGAGAGUAAAUCG